AUGGCGGACGCAGUUGGAGAAAAUCAGGGACCGCAAACUCGUCAGUUGGCUGUAGCAAUCGACGGUACUCAUACUGACAUAUUGUGCACAUGGUUCUCAGAUCGUAUCAUGGUAGUUGUAACUCAGUAUAGAAAAUUUGGGACUUUGAUUAAUGUGAAGAAGGAAAGUACAGUAUCAAGAGAUUUAUCAUCAAAUCAACCACUCAACAAUGAACCAGUUUUUAACACUAAAGUCUUAAUGGGAAAAGAUGAGCCUGUUUGGCAUGUUUAUGGUCGACAAAUUGCCAGUAUUAUUGGUGAAAAAGAUGAGUCAAAUCGUCAAGUUCUACUUGCAAUAGCUUUAAAAAAACACUCUCCAGAAAUCCUUCAUUGUAUCAUGGACCAAAUACAAGAACUAAAAACAAGCUCACUCGUCAAGUAAAUCAUUGUGAAAGUCAAGUCUCACAAGAAAUGGUCAGCUUCGGGGAUUAUCCAGGAGAUUUGAGACUCUAAUCUGGAGACCGGGAGAUACAGUCCAAAAUCUGGAGAUUCCCGGUUUAUCCGGGAGAGUUGACAGCCCUGUACAUGUAUAUUGGUAUGGCAAGUGUACAGUACAAUAAUAUUUUCUAACAGAUGUGCUUUUAUCUGCAAAUUUAUAAAUAGAAUUGUAAACAUUACUUUAAUUUAUCCGCCAAUCAUGGUGCAACUGUUUACCAAAGCAUCAUCAGUAAUGAUUCUACAAGGCACUAAAGUUUGUCACUCUAAACAGUCUGAUUAUUAUGGAUUAUUUAUCUAAAAUAAAAUUACCAGCAGGGCUUAAAAUAGAAAAUACAAAUAGCCAAAUUUCCCUUCCAUUUUAUUUUCUAUUUGGCAGUUUGAAAUGUUUUAUCCAGCAGUAAUCUUUGAACUGCAUUUGGCAGGCAGCUGUUGCGACAGCUGUUUUGGGAACCUGUACUAGUUAUUGACUAAAAAUGUAUGUAGAUCACACCUGGACACGAGAAUUAUUACUUGAUAUGUUUAUAACAAGAUAAAUACCAAAAAAAGUAAAUAAACUAAAACUUAACUGAAA